AUGGAGGCCCAAUCGCCCAAAAGUUUGCUCCGCGCGUUCACAACUUGGAACACCUGGGGCGUUCCCUUCGCCUCACCUUACUUGUUCCACCGCUUCGGUAAAUGGCGUGCUUUCCAUGAUAGGCAGCUGCUGACUUUCUUAGGCGAGCAUGCUCCUGAUGCCAUCCCGGGUGGAGACUUGAUAGUUUGCUGCUUUCAGGAGGUGUGGAGCUUUCCGAAAGGGCCGCUGAUGGAAUGUACUGCCCGCAUGGAUCCACGAAAGGUGGGCGAAAAGUGGGAACGGUUUGUGCUUUGCCUCGGCAUCGCAUGCCGCUUGUUGUCCUGCUUUGUUUGGGAUGCGGCACAGAAGCUAUUCGAAAAGAGGGAGCCAGAUGCUCCGCGGAUUGAGUACACAGCGGUUGUGGGGAACAGGGGCAUGUCCCUUGCCUGGAACUCUUUGGUCGACUCCGGCCUUUGCAUUUUUUCAACUCGCGCUCCCAGUGAGAAGGGUUUCCGCGCGUAUCGCAACUACCCAGAUGGUCUUCAUGAAGAGCGGCUGGCCAAUAAGGGUGUGCUGUGGGCUUUUUGGGUGGACGGCUCCCAAGGGCUGUUGGUCCUGAAUACCCACUUGUCGACCAGAUCGGCAGUGAAACUGAGACAGCUUGGAGAACUGGCAGGUCUCUUCACAGAGCUGAAAAGCAGGUUCCUGAGCUCCGCCACCGUGCUCGAAGUCUACGUCUGCGGGGACUUCAACCUGGAUCCCCAGCGAGAUCCUGGUUUCAAAUCUUGGUGCGAGGAGCUCGGUUUUGAGCGCAUCACCACAGGCAAGCCGACCAACGCGUGGCUCAGUGUUGCGUUGGACCACAUCUUCACAUGGCGUUCUGAUAGCCGGAAGAUCUCACGCGUGGUCUCCGACCCCGUCCGUCCAUGGGUCGAGAAAUGCCAAUUUGGCACAUGCCACUGCGAGCGGGAUGAUAUUUCUGAUCACUGCUGGCAGUGCAUGGUGGUGCGCAAGUAA